AUUCUUGCGAAAUCUCUCUCUCUCUAACUCUCUCUCUCUCUAAACGCAGCCGCCUGUGCGGCUGUUGUAACAUAUAAUAAAAGCCGACAAUGUCUCGCCGAUCCGAUUCGGGCGCCCCCUCUUCUGAUGCAACAAAGGACACCGGCUCGGCGCCUGAUGUUCUUUCCGUUUUAGCGAAAUAUUUUUCUCCAGAUCCACUUCGCGAGUCCGGCGGAUGGACAUCUUGUGCCAAGAAUCAGGCGCCUACAAAGGAUGACGCGACCAUUGCAGCCGUUACUUUGGAUGCCCCUGAGGCGCUUAGCAUAAAGGAACCACUGGUCGAGGCGCAGGAGCCUCCUAGCUCGCAAGCGCCGGCAACCGAUGUUGCGCCCAACGUGGCGGCGCCUUCAAACCCCACACUAAGUAAGUGGUUAUGAGAUCUAAAUCGGCACUUUUUUUUAGGCGC